UCCACCUGCCCGCAUCCUCCUCCUCAACCUUCAGUUUCUUCCUAAGGGCCCAUGGGCCUUAUUUGGCUUUUACGUUCCUCUCACUCCGACUUUGACAGCUGCUGGGCUUCCUAUCCCCUGGGAGGUUUCAGAGGAUUGGGAAGACGCAGGAGAAAAGUGUAAUACAGGCCAUAGUGUCCAUCGUCCACAGCCUUUGUUGAGGACUUAUAUGUGCCAAGAACCUGCCCUAAGAACGUAACUGUGCUCCCUCACUUCAUAACCACCUGUGAGAUGGGCAAUGUUUCUCAUCCCCUUUACCACAGAGAAUACGGAGGCACAGAGAAGUCAAGAUUGCGACAGAGUCAAGAUUCAAACCCAGGCUGUCUGGCUCUGGGGUUCAACCUCUCCAGUGCUCUGCUAGGUGUUGCACAGGGCCAAGGAGACACAGAGAAUGAACACCACCUGACUUGGGCUGGAUCAGGGACAGCUUCCCGUAGGAAGUGACAGCUCAACAGAGCCUUGAAGAGGAUCAAGAGGAGCUGACCAGAAUAAGUAUGUCCAGGAAAAGGGAAGGGCCUCCUCAGUGAUGCUGGGAGGCGGGAGAGCUGGCCUGGCCGAGGGUGUGUGCCAGGGGGCAGGAGAUUGGGCCCAAGGGGUGGCCAGGGUCAGAUCUAGAAGAGCCUGGGCCUUUCCAUAGUCAAUACCUCAUCCCAGGGCCAGGCAGGCCUUCCACUGCUCUGUGUGCCCCCACCGCCACCCACCUGGGCUCCUGAGACCCAGUGCACGGGCACGGGGGCGGGAGUGGGUGUGGCUGAUUUACAUCCAACAGGCUGAGGGGAAAACCCAGGAAGUGCAGCCUAGGCACUAAUCAAAUCUAAAACUAAUAAUAAGCAUCCUGAGUAAUGAGUGGCCUGAGCCGGAGCAGACGAGGUGGCCGGAGCCGGGCAGACCUGGAGGAGCGGUGGUUACUCAGCUGCCGCAAGGAACAAGGCAGGUUCUAUGACCAUCUCCUGAGGCGCUGUGUCAGCUGUGCCUCCAUCUGUGGACAGCACCCUAAGCAAUGUGCAUUCCUCUGUGAGAACAAGCUCAGGAGCCCAGUGAACCUCCCACCAGAGCUCAGGAGACAGAGGAAUGGAGAAGUUGAAAACAAUUCAGACCAAGGAUUGGAGCACAGAGGCUCAGAAGCAAGUCCAGCUCUCCCAGGGCAGAAGCUGAGUGCGGAUCAGCUGGCCCUGGUCUACAGCACGCUGGGGCUCUGCCUGUGUGCUGUCAUCUGCUGCUUCCUGGUGGCGGUGGCCUGCUUCCUCAAGAAGAGGGGGGAUCCCUGCUCCUGCCAGCCCCGCACAAGGCCCUGUCAAAGUCCGGCCAAGUCUUCCCAGGGUCACGCAGUGGAAGCCAGCAACCACAUGGGCACAUCCCCCGAGCCAGUGGAGACUUGCAGCUUCUGCUUCCCCGAGUGCAGGGUGCCCACCCAGGAGAGCACGGUCACGCCUGAGACCCCCGACCCCACUUGCACUGGAGGGUGGGGAUGCCACGCCAGGACCACAGUUCUGCAGCCCUGCCCGCAUAUCCCAGACAGCCACCUUGGCAUCGUGUGUGUGCCUGACCAGGAGGGGGGCCCGGGUGCAUCAAUGGGGACAUAAAGGGAAAGGAUGAGGGAGACAGAUGGAGAGAGGGGGAGAGAGAAAGAGAGAUGAGGAGAGGGGAAAGAGCUAGGGAGAAAGAUAUGGGGAGAGAGAGACAGAGGAGGCAGAGGGAGAGAGACAGAGGAGGCAGAGGGAGAGAGACAGAGAGACAGAGGGAGAGAGACAGAGAGGGAAAGAGCCAGAGAGGCAGAGAGGGAGAGAGAGACAGAGCAGGAGGUCCGGGCGCUCUGGGUCCCAGUUUACAGUGCAGCUGUUAGGUCACCAGCACCGGACCACACGUGAUAAAGUCCUGGUGCCUGCUGCUCUCAGCCCCCGAGAGCCCCUCCUCCUGGAGAAUAAAACCUGUGGCGGCUGCCCUUCCUCA